AUGACAGGUUCGACAUUAGAGAUUAGGGAGGAUCCUAGCACUAAGAGCUGCCAGGACGAUCAUCCACCAAGCAGGGGAGACACGGACAACCAUGAAUCACUCGAAGGUUUCGUGGUUGGCCUAGGCGAAUGCGGUACAGGAGAUGAAGUCUCGUAUCAGUAUUAUGAUGAAAUUCAAUCUGGCGAGCUUGAAUUGCGGGAGAGGUUGUUCAGGCCAUCUCCCAGUCCUAUGAGACUUCGAUUUGCACUUCCUGCUGCCGGUGUUUAUCAUCUGGACCACAUCGUGGAUGAUACCGAGGACGACAUGAAGGCUUCCAAGGCUGAUACUGAGGACGACAGCGAUGCUGACGCCUGCAGCGAGGACGACGAGGACGUGAGCAAGAACGACAGAGGACCAUAG